AUGGAGGGCAGUGAGAACAGAUUGCUCCGGGCUGCCUGCCGCACCUUGGGCAUGCUUCCAGGAGAUGAGUGGCCACUCCUGAAAGUGACCAUUAGGCCCCAGGGGAAGCCUGUUAGCCUUUUUCUGAGCUGGGCAGCCCUGGAGCCAGAUGGAUUCAGCCAUGUCCUCUGCCUCAGCCAUCUGCGCCCCUUUGGUUCUCCUGAAGGGCAGCCACUCCAGGCCCUCACCAACGCAUCCAGCUUUGAGUUCCAGGACCUGGUGGCAGAGAGUCGCUACCAGCUGGAAGUGACUGCCCUGCAACCCUGUGGGCAGAAUGUCACCGUUAUCCUCAUUACCCAUACUGCCCUUUCAACUGUCCGUGGACUGCAGCUCCACAGCCCUGGGAGCCCAUCCAGCCUGGAGGCCUUGUGGGGUGAUGUCCCUGGGGAGCAGGAUGGCUACCAACUUCUUCUGUACCACCUAGAAUCCCAGACAUUGGCACAUAAUAUCUCCAUGCCCUCCGGCACCCUGUCCUACAAUUUUGGCAACCUCUUGCCAGGUAUUGAGUAUGUUUUAGAAGUUACCACAUGGGCUAGCAACCUCCAAGUGAAGACCAGCAUCCACCAGUGGACAGCCCCUAUGUCUCCAGAUCACCUGGUGCUGCAGACCCUGGGCACCAGGUCCCUACAAGCCUCCUGGAAUGGCUCUGAGGGAGCUGCCUGGCUCCACCUAGUGCUCACAGACCUCCUAAGUGGCACUAACCUGACUGCAGUAGUCAGACGCGAGGGCUGCAGUCACACUUUCCUUCACCUCUCUCCAGGCACCCCCUAUGAGCUGACGCUUAGUGCUCUGCUGACUCCCCUGCCCCCUGAGCUCUGGGCAAGCUGGAGGGUGGGGCCAGGUGCCCAGGAUGGCCACCUGCUGAGGUUAAGUGGACUGGUGGAAGAGAGCACCAUUCUGGGCCCUGAGACCCUCAACACCAUAUUCCCAGGGUCCCUGACCACUGGACACUAUGCUCUGGAGCUGAAGGUUCUGGCUGGACCCGAUUACACCUGGGCCCAGGCCAGUGCCUGGCUGGAUGGUGAAAUCUUUCUCCCCAGACAAAGCAGUGGCGCCAAGCUGCAGCUAGAUGGGCUGGAGGCCACCAGGGAGCCUUGGAGGCAGGCACUGCUCUAUGAAGGUGCCCCAGGCCUCACUGGAAACAUCUCUGUGCCAUCUGGUGCCACCAACAUCACUUUCUGUGGGCUGGUGCCUGGGCCCAGGUACCAGGUGGACAUUGCCUCAUCUCUGGGAGUCAUCACCCAGAGCCUCAUGGGCCACACAAGUCCCCUGGCACCACAGUUCCUGGAGGUCACUGGCAGAGGCAGUCCCUAUGACCUGGCCAUUUGCUGGGCCCCAGCACCAGGGCAGUGAGAAGGCUACAGGGUCACCUGGCACCAGAAGGGCAGCCAGAGGUCACCAGGCAGUCUUGUCCACUUAGGUCCAGACAAUUCCAGCCUGACUCUGAUGGGUCUGGUGCCCGGCUCCUGCUAUCCUGUGUCGGUAUGGGCCUGAGCGGGGAACCUCAGCUCCAGCAUCCAGAGGAGCUGCACCUGCACCUGCCCAGCUCCUCCUGCCACUUUGAGCCUAAGCCUUGCUGCCCCUCCCACCCUGAGGGCUUCCUGGAGUCCCCCACCAGGGGGCAGGGAUGGCUUCCAGAUGCAGCUUUACCGCCUGGGGCCCCUGACUCUGGAAAGCGAAGAAACUCUGGCUCCGGAGGUCCAGAACUUCUCCUGGGCCCUGCUGUGCAUGGGCACCGAGUUCCUGGCACGGCUGGCCACCCUGAGAGGCCCGGAUCAGAGCAGCAACACCAACGCCACGGGCUGGACCCCCCCCCUUGCUCCUCCUCUGGUAAAUGUGACUAGUGAAGGCCCUACCCAGCUUUGGGCAUCCUGGGUCCAUGCUCCCAGGGGCCAGAAUGGCUACCAGGUGACCCUGUACCAGGUGGGCGCCCAGGCAGGCGCCAGCGCCGUGGGAACCGAGGUGAACAGCACAAGGUUUUCGGCUCUGACUCCGGGCACUAAGUACGAAGUGGGGACUGUUGCGCGGGCUGGGCCCCUUCACACCAUGGCAGCCAACACCUCUAGCUGGACCUACCCGCUCAUACCCAAUGAGUUGUUGGUGUCGAUGCAGGCAGGCAGUGCGAUGGUCAACCUGGCCUGGGCCAGCGGCCCCCAGGGGCAGGGGGUGUACUGUACCCAACUCUCAGAAGCUGGGCGCCUCUCCUGGGAGCAGCCCCUGAUGCUAGGCCAGGCCCACCUCUUCCUGAGGGUCCUCACUCCUGGAUGCAACCUCUCCCUGUUAGUGCUGUGCCAGGCAGGUCCGCUCCGGGCAUCCACUCACCCCAUGGUGCUGCCUGUUGAGCUGGGCCCCAUGGAGGAUGUGCAGUGCCAGCCUGAGGCCACCCGCUCGGCCCUGAGCUGGAUGGUGCCUGCUGGGGAUGUGGCCACCUGUCUAGUUGUGGCAGAGCAGCUGGCAGCAGGAGGGAACGCCCACCCCGUGUUCUAGGCCAGCAGCUCCCAGGAUGCCCUCCUGUUGCCCAACCUGGUGCCUGCCACUGCCUGUCACCUCAGCCUCACUGUGCUGGGCAGGAAUGGUCUGUGGAGUUGGGCAGUCACGCUGGCGUGUGCCACGUCUGCCAAGGCCUGGCAUCCUCCACAGUUAGCUGUAGCCCCCCAGCUGGGGCCUGACACAGAAAUGGGAGUGAUGAUCACCAGGGGCAUGUUUGGCAAGGAUGAUGGGCACAUCCAGUGGUAUGGUGUCAUUGCCACCACCAACACGUCACUGGCUUGGCCUUCCCAGGAAGCCAUCAGCCACAUGUGGGACAACCACUACUACAGAGGACAGGACUCCUAUCUGGCCAUCCUGCUUCCCAACCCCUUCUCCCCAGAGCCCUGGGCUGUGCUGAGAUCCUGGACGGUGCCCAUUGGUAUAGACGAUUGUGGCCACAUCCAGGAGAUCUGUAAUGGGAAGGUCAAGCCUGGUUCCCAGUAUAGGUUCAGUGUUGUGGCCUUUACCAGGUACAACUCUCCUGAGACCAUUAUGUCCUUCUCGGCCUUCUCAG